AUGGAUCAAACUCCAGAGCUCCUAGACCGCCGCCAAAUUGAGCUGUUUGACGCGCUGGAGGAACUCAAGAAGCUCAAUGUCGCCAGCGAUCUCAUUCCACAGCUUGUUGUUAUCGGCGAUCAAAGCAGCGGCAAGAGUUCUGUCCUGGAAGGUCUGGUCCGGUUCCACUUUCCUGUAUCCGAGCGCCGCUGCACCAAGUUCCCAGUCAACCUUAUCCUCAAGACAUCCAAUGAAGAACGGGGGGCAGCCAGGAUUAGGCCAGUCCAGGGUAGCGAGAGAAGCCCUGCAGAAAUUUCCAAGAUGCAAGGCUUUCAGAAAAAGCUCGACCUUUCCUCCUUGUCUUCUCGGGCCACAUUAGAAAAGCUGAUGGGUGAAGCCGAGGAAGCGCUGGGUAUACCUAACGCCAGCGAAGAGACUGGCAGACAAUUUGCCGAAGAGAUGCUGGUCAUAGAAAAACAUGGGCCAAAUUUGCCAAUCUUGAGCUUCAUCGAUCUUCCGGGAUUGUUCCAAGGUACUAUCUCCAAGGCUGACGAAGGCAGUCGCGACGCGGUCGAACGAAUGGUCGAAAAGCAGGUCGCGCUGAAGAACAACGUAGUGUUGCUCGUCAUUAGUGCAUCUAGCGAGGUGUACAACCAGACUGCGGUGCGCAAAUUCCAGGACAUCCUCAAGAAGGACGCGACACUUGGUGAUCGGGCGAUCGGCGUUAUAACAAAGCCAGAUGCUGCCCACGACUUUGAGAAGGCAAUGUUAGAAUAUGUCAAAGAUGGAAUUGACAAUGUCGAGCUAAAGUACGGUUGGUACGUUGUUCGGAAUCUAAACAAGGACCAAAGAGAGUCUUCUGAGACUUUGGACAAGAGAGACGAUAGAGAAACUACGUAUUUCAAGGAACCGAUGUGGCAGGAUAUACCGGGGGAGCGCAAGGGCAUCAAGAACCUGAGAACCGCUAUUAAAUCCGUUCUCUGGAUGUGUACUCAGAACGCGCUUCCACAAAUCAUUGAGCGGGUCAGAGAGCGGAUCGCCGAAAUCGAAAAUGAAGUCGAGGCAGAGGACAAAUGGAGAGCGAGCGACUUCAGCCGUCGAUGUUAUUUGAAUAAAAUUGCGAGAGAGUUCGCGGAGUUGACGAGUCAAGCCGUUACGGGCAGAUAUCGAAACCCACCUUGCGAUCAUCUCCGCAAACUCGGCGAGCCUUGUAUUAAAUGCAGACCCUUCUUCCCUGAACCUCGAAAGGGGUACAAUCCGAACGACCCAGAAGGCCAGAAAACAAAGCUUUGCAGCAACAUCCGGGGGCUGAAUGCACUAUUUUCUGUGACGAUGCGUGAAUUCGGCAAGACAGAAAUCGUCAAACGUGUCGUCGGGGUGGCAAGUACUGCGGAGGAUAACGACAGCUUGACCUCAGACUCCGAAAACGGGACUUCUGUCAACCAAGACCACGGACAAGCACGCACUGUAGAAGAAAGUGACAACUGGAUCGAAAAUCCUGAGAUUAGACUCUCUGUCCAACAAGACAACGAACAAGCAAAUAGAGUGAAAAAUGAUUAUAACUCUAUCGAAGGUCCAGGGAACGGGUCAUCGGCCCACCAGGACGAGUAUCAAGCAGACCACUUCCCGCCGAAAGAUUUUGUGCGCGAUUACUACACCUGGCCCAUGGCUAAUGUGAUCGCUCAAAGCGACUACGAGAAAAAAGUUGUAGAGAUCAUCAAACGUAGUCGGGGGGCCACGGAGCCUAUUGGAGAGGUGAACUCGACGGUGUAUCGUGAUCUUUUCCUCGAUCAAUCCCUUAAUUGGGAAGGCAUAGCCACCAAUCACAUCAGAGCUGUCUGGGGAGCUGCAAACACGUUCGUCGACCUGGCGCUCGAACAUGUCUGUUGGGACAAGAAAGUUCUCCAGCUCCUCCGUAAAGAGAUCAUCAAAGCAAACUUGGACGAGCUGGAGAAGAAGGCGUACAGCGCCUUGCGGGAUCUCCUCGGGUGCCUUAGCGAAGGGAAUGCAGGAUUUUUUGACAGCUUUUCAGCCGUGUUUACGGUGCAGAGACAAGCAAGCGACAUUGCCGAGCGGCUGGACACAUACGGAUGGAACGAUCUUGAGACUGAAAGCAAAGAUGAUUUGGUAGCCAUGAUUCGAGUUGCUCUAGACCACUUGAUCCAUUCGCCGCUUGGCUUUCUCUCGGUUGAAGAUCGUCUCAAGGACUUGGUUCUCGGCAAGGCCCUAAGCAUCGCGAUACCAGCAAUCAGGAGCGUUGGGAAGAAUGAAGACGAAAAGGAAAUCCGUGCCAAGAUCCUCGAAUUUUACCCUGCAGCAAUCCAGAGUCAAGACGCGGGUCGCGUCACUGGGAUAGUGGAGGCUUAUUAUAAGCUUACGAUGCUGGCCUUCACUGGCUACGUCAACGCACUAGUCGUCGACAAAUGCAUCCUUAAACAACUUGAAACCGCUGUGUUCGGUCAAGCGAUCCUAGACAAAGUGACACAAAAGAAGAUCAAUAAGAUAACAGCAGAGGACAAAAGUGAAGUCGAAAGACGUGCCCAGAAAAAGAAGGAUUGUGAUGCUCUGGAACAGCUUUUGGAGGUACUAGAAAGAAAUAAGUGA